AUGGAAGGUUUGAUACAAUGUGAUGACUGCCAUGAAGAAUUCAAUAAAUCAAAUAAAUAGCCAAAAAUAUUGCCAAAAUGUGGGCAUACUUUGUGCCUCUAAUGCAUCAAAUCGUUGAAAAACAAUUAGUGUUCUCAAUGUGGCACGAGAUAAACAAUUGAAAAUCCUGAUAUGCUUCUACUGAAUGAAAAACUUUUGAAUAUUUUAGACCUAGUUUACUCUAAAGGUGGAAAUCCUAUUGGAGGAGGUGGUCCUAACUAUGGAGCUCCUUUGAAAAGUGCAUCAAUUAAGAAAAAUACCAAUGCAAACUCUGACUAUUAUGAGCCCGAGUACAUUAAUAGCAAUGAAGAGGAUUUGAAUAAUAGGGCAACUGGAAUAAUUACAAAUCAAGUUACAGGAAAAGUAUUUUGUUUCAAGCAUCAAGACAAGGAAAUAGAAUAUUUCUGCAAAAUUUGUCAUUCAAUAGUCUGUCCUAGAUGUAUGUUUGCUGAACAUAAUGGCCAUGAGCUUGCUUAACUUGAGGAUGUUACAAAUAUAAUCAAAUAAAACAUUUACGACUUACAUAAAUUACUUUUGAACACUAAACGAAUCAACGAAGACAAUAGGAAUUACAUUCAACAUAUAAAAGAAGAAGUUUUAAGACUCAAAGAGUAACAACUUAGAAAUAUUGAUAAAGGUUUCGGGGAUCUGAUUAAAAAGCUAGAAGAAAAACGUGAUGAAUUAAAGAAUGAAUUCUCUAAUAAGUAUCUUACUGAAGAGAAUAAGGUUCUGUCAAAGACGCAGAUGCUAGACUAGAAUUCUGAAGAAAUACAAAAUAUAGAGAUUAUCUAUGAUGAACUUAUGAAAUUUAUUGAAAAAAACAACGAUGCUAAGAUUCUAACAAAGAUCAAUGACAUUAGUUCAUUUAUUAGUAAAAGUAUUGAAGACCUAGAAAUGAUUGCAAAAAAGAAGGGAUUUGAUAAAAAUGAAGCUUUGAUAGAUUCUUCAUUGAAGCCAUUAACACUUAAUGUGCAAAAAGCAUAUGAGCUUAUAAGUAAGUUUAAUAUGGUACCCACAACAAAGACUAAAGCACCUUAAAAUCAGCUAGACAAUGGUAUGCCACCCUAAUAAUAGCAAAAAUAAAUGAUGGCUUAAUAAUAAUAAAUCCAAUAACAAUAGUAAAAUAGAGGCUACUCUAGUAGUGCCAGUAACUACGGAGAAAAUUUAAACUAUUAAAAUUUCUAGAGCAAUCCACCAUAAACUCAGCCAAUUUAAAAUCAUUAGAGGAAGUAAUAAUUUACUGAGGACUAGAUUGAUCAUAAUUCUAAUAAUAUCUAGCAGCAACUUACCUAAGUUAGAAGUAACUUUGGCAAGGAUGGCUCCUCAAAUGGUCCUGGAAUACCGCCUGGAAGUUAGCCUCGGGGCGGUGGGCCAGGUGGCAUAUAUCAUCCAGACUAUUGA